UCCGUCAGUGCAAUCGGAUCGCUCUCAGAAGCGGCCGUGCGUACGCCCCGGAAUAUUGCGUGAACUUCGAAAUUCUAAAGUGAAACGGAAUAUUUGACGAGUGAUGUGAUGUGUUCUUGUGGUUUUUAAACGUUGCUGACAUUAGCGCUGUUUGAUUUCCCAUGAAAUUUCGGUUUAUUCUGCAAUAAUAUAUAUCAUUUACGGAAUAAAUAAAAGUUCCACGGCCAGCGUUAUAAAUGGGCUGGUGAUAAUUACAGAAAGCAGAGUUCUAUGCACGACACGCAAAUACUCCUAUAGUCUGCCGAUGUUUACCCUCGGAGCGUUAUCACUCGAUAAGUUAGAUCACAAGCCGCCUGCAAACAACCUUAUCAUGGUAACAUUCUUACUGAAGUCAUUGAGGCACUCCGCAGACUCCGCCACGGGGAGGCGAGACGCGCAAAACACUUGAGAUUUUAGAUUUAAGCGCAUAGUGAUGGAAGAACUCAAAUUAUUAGAUAAGUGAGUGAAAGUGUAGUGAACAAACCAAAGAAUAAACCAAAGCUAAGAGCUAGUUUCCUGAGGAGGUGGUACAGACAGUCGGCAAACUGGAGGAUUUAGGGACGUUGGAUAUAGACGGGUCUGCGGUCAACGACACUGUUCAGAGGUUGAAUUGUGAGAAAAAAAACCAUGGGUUGCCCGGGAACUAUUGCGAGGCGUACUACGACGGCCUGCUGUGCUGGGACCCCACGCCUGAGAACACGGUCGCGGUGCAGAAGUGCUUUAGUUUCUUCCAGGGAGUCCAUUAUGAUGAUACGCAGAAUGCCUCCCGUCUUUGCCUGGAGAACGGUGAAUGGUUCAACCACACGAACUACGCAAACUGCACAGAGCUUCCCAAUAACGUGUCUCCAACAGAUGUCACCAGCCUCAUCUACCUUGCCGGGUACCUGCUCAGCCUCGCGGCCCUGUCGCUUGCUGUCUUCGUUUUCUUAUAUUUUAAGGAUCUCCGAUGUCUAAGAAACACUAUACAUACGAAUCUUAUGACAACGUAUAUAUUAUCGGCAUGCAGUUGGAUUUUAAAUUUAGCUUUACAAAAUUGGUCGGAAGAAGCGCAGCAGGACCAAACUUCGUGUAUGAUACUAGUAAUAUGCAUGCACUACUUUUAUCUUACGAACUUUUUCUGGAUGUUAGUUGAGGGUUUAUAUCUUUACAUGUUAGUUGUAGAAACGUUCACGGCUGAAAACAUCAAGUUAAAAGUGUACACCACAAUUGGCUGGGGUGCCCCGGCAAUUUUCAUCACAAUUUGGACCAUAUCCAGAUGUUUCGUCACCAUCGUGCCAUCCACGGGACCUGAUGGGCUGGCGCUAUCAAGUGAAACGAAAAUGUGUACUUGGAUGCACGAGCACCAAGUAGACUGGAUCCACAAGGCGCCAGCUUUGGCCGGGCUGGCCCUUAACCUUUUCUUCCUCAUCAGGAUAAUGUGGGUUCUAAUAACAAAGCUUCGAGAAGCGAACACUCUAGAAACCGAGCAAUACAGGAAGGCUACGAAGGCACUGCUGGUGCUGAUCCCACUUCUGGGCAUCACGAACCUGCUGGUGCUCUGCGGGCCCAGUGACGACUCGUGGUUUGCCCACGCGUUUGACUACACUCGGGCGCUGAUGUUGUCCACACAGGGUUUCACAGUAGCCCUAUUUUACUGCUUCAUGAACACGGAGGUGCGGCACGCGAUCAUGUACCACGUGGAGCGGUGGAAGACGGGGCGGACCAUCGGCGGGGGGCGGCGGAGGGGCGCCUCCUACUCCAAAGACUGGUCGCCCAGGUCCAGGACUGAGAGCAUACGGUUGUACAGCCACCCAUCCAAGAGGGAGUCGGCCGCCUCGGAGACGACAACCACGACCCUUCUGGUGCCUCGGACAUCGCUUGCACUACACUAUGACGGCAGGCAUCUGCAUGCUGAUUACUUAACAAGUGGAAGCGCGAGCGGAGACCAGUCGCCAGUGUGAGGCGGAGGGCGGGGGAGGCCAUCGCUAUCGCGCUUGCGCACCUUGUCUGAAGAGGACGCUGCCACUGACGCGCCCUCUGCCUCUCCCGCCUCUCUUUCUAUUGCAGCUAACUUUCACAACUCCACUUAUGUACCAGUGGUGUCGACCCCCCCAACUGUCACUUACCACGCCGACCCCACUUCAAACUUGAAAAGCGAUGUUAAAUCGAAUGGACGAUGCGAACUGAAGUGAAUACGAAAUAUAAAUAAUAUUAUUGUAUCACUGACUGAUUUUAGAAUAAAUAUUUGUUUGAAUCACCAAAAUGUGAGUGGUUAUGGUAAUAUUGGUUAAUAAUUCUUUCACGAGGAAUGUAAAAUGUAUGUAAUCUCUUUUAAUAAUCGUAUAUGCUUAGUAAUCAAAUUUCAUGUAAUAACUAAAUACUUUAAAAAUGAAUCGACGUGGUCAUAAACUCUCCACGGUAACUUAAAUUUGUAACAGAAUUUACACGUUGUUUUAAUUAAAUGUAAUUGUGUGGUGCCAUAUGCUCUUGUAGUCUAGGAUGUAAUAAUAAAAUGUAAGUUGCUAUUUAUACAAUAUAUACGUAAAUGAAGUUUCGUUAAAAUUUUAUAAGCUCCAAGUGUAUAUUUAAAGAUUGUAGCUAAUCUCUGAGCCUCUAAAACACACUGUAAUUGCCGUAAUAAUGUCAGAAUUACAUGUAUAUGCUCCUUAGUAUACUACCUAGUCGAUUGAAAUAAAUAACAUUAGAAAAUUCGUCGAAUACUCAGUUUUGCCAUGGUUUCUCAAUUUGUUGUUUACUUGUAUAAACUUACAGCAUAUGUCAACCAACUUUUACAUACGAUGAUAAUUUGUAUAAAUGUAACGAACAUAAUAAAAUGCCAAAAUUAGAUUUUAAAAGUUAGAUUUAAGGUGUGUUGUGAACAGCUAAAUACUUAUCAAUCCUAAAAUUAACAACUAUUAUAAGUUACGUAGUUGGAUUUGGUCUUUAUAAUGAUGCCUCUUGGAGGUAGGUAUAUCUGAUUUUUCAAUAAAUAUAUUAUUAAAUCCAAUUCAAUUUCAUUUCUGAUGCACAUACCACAUAGGCUUUUUAGGCUUUUCAAUAUUAUUUUUUAAGACUUUAGUUUUUCAUAUUUUAAGUAUUUAGCUGACCACAACGAAUUGCUAUAUUUUAGUCAUAUAAGAAACAAUUGGGAAACAAAACGCUACUUGUAUCAUAAAUAAUUGUAGCAUAUCGUAAAUAGUAUCGAAUAUUAAAAGUUAUAGAUACGCGCUUGUCAUAAAAAAA